AAACCCUAAUUCUGUGGCUAUGGCGGAGAGUGGCAGACUCGCACCAGGCAGGUCCGGAUUCUUCACCUCGACGAGGCCUUGGCGCGUUAGCUGUGAACCGGGGAUGAUGUCUGAGGCACGUAGAAGAGUCUGCGAGACUUUGAGGGGGACUUGACAGGGAGGUUGUUGUUGCAUUCGGAGCUUCAAAUUUGGGUCUCCGUGCGAGGUUGGGAGAAAACGGUGUCGCCAUGGCAGCGCAUUACGCUAUCAGCCCGGCGGAGGACGAUGCGGUGAUCAGACAGCGUCUACUGACGCGAACGACGACCACGCGCGGAGAGCCUCCCUUGAAGAAGCUGAUUAAAAAGUUCACGGCGUUGGCAGGGGAAAUUGACAAGGAGGACAGCAAGUACAGCGAGUGUGAAAAGCUGUACAAGUCGUUUCUUCAGGAGUUGGCUACUUUUGAGCUUCCCUUGUUGAAGACCAAGGCUGUGGUUGAUGCUAAUCGACGUGAGCAGGAGAGUUUCAAGGAGUUGCAUGUCGAGCUCAAUCAGCAGAUUUCUCAGGCACAACGGGAUAUCGAAGACUUGAAAAUACAACUUGAAGAGGCGAAGAUUGAGAGGCAGCACAAGGAGGAAUGUGAGAAAAUUAGAAGACAAAUAGCUGCUCAGUCACCACGCUUAAUCACGCAAAAGCAACUUAACGAUCUUGAGAAAGAUCUUGUCCAGCUGGAAGCAGAGAGUUAUGCAGCUGCUAGAACAAUUGAUCUUCGCAAGAAGCAGUUUGGUGUACUUUUGCACGUUGUGGAUGACUUGCAAACUACUUUAGAUGAGGAGCAAAAAAAUCCAGUUGAUUUUGAAGCAGCUGACCUAGUUUCACCUGCAGACGAGAGCUCAAAUGCAGCUGAGCCAAUGUCUAUCAAUUAAUUUCCCAACAGGAAAGAACAUGCUUUGUCUGACAAGCCAAUCUUGAACAUUUUCAGUCUGAAUGUUAAGACUGAUUGAGGGGCAAUCUAAGAAUAAGGGAGCUUCGGUGGGUGUCUCUACGGCAUGAUAUUCUUUAGUAAUAGGCCAAAGAAUUGUUAUCUCUGGGUUGGACAUUGUGUAACCUGUGCUUUUUUGGGGUAGGUUGGCCUAUGUCUAGGCGUUGAAUUGUAACUGUUCUGAUUGUUUUGUACUUUUUAUCGAAUCAUUAAUUAUUUGUUGGUCUCUUUAUUCUCGAAAUAGGGACUCAGUACAUGUCACCAUUUUUCGUAGAUUUGCUAGGUGUGAAGGAACAAUAUGCAACUAAUUGCAUGCAGCGAGGUUGUUUUGAGAUGUUUGCAAAUUUAUGGAAUAUUUAAUCUACAUUUUGUA